UUUGUUCUCCUGCUGCUUCCCUCCUCUCCUCAGUCACCUGUGUCUUCUCCCACACACUCAGAUCUACGGACCAAACUUCCCUCUUUUUUUUUUUAAUUAUAGUUUAUUAUAAAUUGGAGAUCUUCUUUUCUGAGGUUGGUCGUCAUGGCGUCUGCUCUGCAGAGUCGACCACCAACGUUUUCCAUCGAUGGGAUUAUGGGAGCGGAGCAGCAGAGAGCUGGAAACAUGCUGAAACUCCACAGACCGUGGACAGAGAAGGACAACAGUAGAGACAGUCUCUGCUCCAAACAUCAUCAUCAUCAUCCUCAUCCUCAUCCUCAGCAGAUAAACUGUCACAGAACGACGUCCAGCUGGUGCAUCGGGCGGCGACCACGCACGGCCUUCACCAACAGCCAGGUGAAUGUCCUGGAGACAGUGUUUCAGGUGAACUGUUACCCGGGUAUUCAGCUGAGAGAGCAGCUGGCAGUGAGACUCAACCUGGACGAAGAUAGAAUACAGAUCUGGUUUCAGAACCGACGGGCCAAGAUGAGACGUUCCCUCAGAGAAACCCGGCUGCAGCUGGUCCAGACUGCCGUGGCUGACCUCGAGGUGCGACGCCCGGUCAUAGGUCAACUGACGACCAAACAGGAAGUGUGGGGCGACCUGAACCUCGCUCAGAAGCUCACCGCUCACCUCCAGCUUCAGGUGGGGCAGGAGGAGGAGUGACGCUGAUGACCUUUGACCUGCGGAGGUGUCUAUGUUGUCUGCUGUGACUGAGUGAGCCUGUGUCGUGUGUCAGCAGCAGCAGCAGCAGCAGCAGCAGCAGCAGCAGCAGCAGCAGCAGCAGGGGGCGCUCACAGCACAGUCUGCACCUGUGUCUAAAAUAACAGAACUGUCCCUUUAAGUCAGCCAUGUUGUUAUGUUUAAUGUUUACAAAUAAAUGUCAACAAAGUA